GCACUCCGCCAGCCAUCAGGCGUAGUGUUACGGUGACGAGUGUGCAACAUCCAUGUUCCUCUACAUGCUGAUAUUCAUGGCGUAUCACAGCAGCAGAUGGAUACCAAGGAAGCAGAGGGUGAAAUUUCAAAUAGUGAACGCCGUGUUCGUGGCACUUGUCCUGGUCCCUCAGUUCUACGUCAUGGGAAGGCCCAAAUCCUCCAGAUACUGCGGGCAGCCUCUUCUGAACAACUUGGCCGCCUCGAUCGCCUUGUCCUUCAUAGCUUCGGGUUUGUCGGUGCUUUUCACGCUGAUGGACCCGGUUCCUCAGAGCUUGUGGGCCUGCUGUCACGUGUUUGGCCUGCUGACAUGUGGACAAGGACUGUGCACGGCCGUCCUGACUCUGACCGCAGCGGCAUGCGCCAGAACCACCCCGGAGCUGUACUACGCGUCGCUUUCUCUAACCGCCGCUUCCAUUUUCAGUACAGGUGAAGUACAGCGCUUCUCAAACGAUAGAACCACCGGUGCGCUGGAUUUUCCCCCCUUUGAAAAGGAGCCACACCUGCGGCUGUGUCUGUGUCUGUUCAGGGUUCUUCGCGGUGCGAGUAGGAGUCCGGUUGACCGCCGGGCGGCGCGGGGCGACGGAAGCAGUGAGCGGCAGAGCGGCCCAGCUGUCACGCAGCGACAUCGGAUACUCCACCUAUUAAGAUUUUAUGCGGUUUCCACGGCACCAGCAAAUGGAAACUUUAAACCACGGGAAAAGUGAUGCUUACUUUAGAAAAACAUCACAAAGCAGGUGUUUCUGUCAAUUGUUAGAAGUUUUAUUUUAUUUGCCGGACAUUGGUUUCAUGUAACAGUUAUUCAGGAUGUUAAUGUGGGUUUCUGGCUCUAGAUUUAGUGCAUAAUAAUUAUCCCAGGAAAAGUAAAAGUACAUUCAAUCGAUUACAAGAAUGCUUUGGGUUUUAAAUCAGUUUGUAACUUGAAAAUGACGAUAAUCAAAAUAACCACACACAAAGUUCACUUU